AUACUAUUUAUAUGUGUAAGUUACCUAAUGUAAUAAUUUAAUCUAGGAUUAUAAGGCAAGAGAAGGAUGCGUGAAUUAAUUGGCUGGUUACUAAUUAGAAAGGUUGUUAACAUAAAUAUUUGUAAUGUAGAGUGUGGUACGUGAGAUAUUUAAAAUAAAAGAUUAGAGCUAAUCUUAUAUUAAGGUUUCGUUCGUUCAAUUAAUUAGAGCUCUUCAUAAAAAGAUAAGUUUACGUAUUUAAUGUAGUUUAUAGAUUAAGUAGAUAAUGAUAACUUAUAAAGUAGUUAAAAAGAUAACACGAUAAUCACCAAAUUCUGUUCUAAUACUGUAUAACGAACAUUAGCAAUAAAUUUUAUCUACAAUUUUUCUACCAUAAACAAUAAAGUGAUGACUAAUAUUUAUUAAAUGCAAUGCAAUUUUUAUCAAUUUUAAUAAGCUUUUUAAAUUUGUAUUUACUACAAAUAAUAUAACAGAUGUGUACUGCUUGUUCGUCUGUUUGCAUAAACCGAGUAAAUACAACACAAAGGAACCGGCCGACAAAUUACACCACUACAACAUCAACAUACGUAUUGAGACGCAGACGUAAUAUUGUUACAUUAAAAAAUUUACGUUCAGUGAUCAGUAGCUAAAUAUGUCUUCAGAAAAAUUGACAAUAUUAAUAACUACUGUUAGCACCAUGAACUCGUUCACCAACAGCUACGAGUUUGCAACGCUGAAAUUAAAAUAAAGCAGGUAGCAAAGCAACUGACUACAUCAAAAAACGGCAUCUAACCAACCAACCAAUCAACCGACUGACCAAACGAACAUGACAACCACUACAACAACAAUGGCCAUCGACGAUUCUCCUUCAAAAGUAGCCAGAAACUUUUGGAUUAUUUUCGGUCCAUGUUUAUUCACUAUCGGCAUAAUAGGCAACAUUCUCAUCCUUCUCGUAAUGAGGCAGCCCAUCAUGCGAGGAACAUCGACGUGUUUGUAUCUCUGCUGGAUGGCGUUGGCCGAUGUUUUUGCUCUGAUCUCUGGCAUGGUGCCUGAAUGGCUGGAGUACUCUGGCAUCCUCGUUUUCAAAGAAAUCAGUCCUAACACGUGCAAAUUAGAAAAGUUAACGUUUUACACGAGUGGAGAUGCCUCUAUCUGGAUUUGCAUCUCAUUUACCAUUGAUCGCCUGAUGGCUGUUUGCUUCCCGUUUGUCGAAUCGUUCACGCACACACCGGUUAGCGCUAAUUAUAAUGUAAUGCUGAUUUUCUUCUUGGCUUUGGUGAAAAAUUUACACGUAAUUUGGACCAGAGGAGCUGAGUACAAAGUGGUUGAACAUUUAGUUUCUAACGUAAGUUUUUAUAAUGGUGUUAAUGCUAGCCAUUCUGAAAACUUUACCACUAAUACAUCUACCGAAGUUUUUUUAAACAGAACAGUACAAAUGGUUUUUAAUGAAACGAUCCUACUAUCUAACUGUGGCAGUCCAACUAAGGAGUAUAGAUAUUUUGAAAGAUACGUCCGGCCGUGGAUAGCCUCAACUCUGGUCAGUUUCAUCCCUUCAAUCGUCAUCGUCAUCUGCAACUUUUUCAUAGUUCGAAAAUUAUUACAUCUCAAAUCUAACAAGAACAAGAUCCCAUCUGAAAGUGAGCAGAGCACAGUUCUGCAGAUGACCAUCCUCUGCCUGACCGCUUCCAUCUGUUUCGUUGUCUGUAACAUACCUAGUCUCAUCAUGCUUAUCGGAAAACCAUACUGGCAAGAUGCUGGUGGAAGAACUACUUCCAUCUACAACCUCGCCAAACCGAUCGUUAAUCAGAUCUUUUACGUUAAUCAUUCCGCCAACUUCUUUCUCUAUUGUGUAACCGGUAAAAGAUUUAGACAGACAUUAUACCGGAUGCUAAAAUGUAAAUGCUGCUACAACAAUUCACACUGUUGUUGCUGCAACCGAACUGAGUACAAUUUUAUUUUGAGACAUUCGAACAACUGCUCCGUACCAAUUGUGCGAUUCAAAAAACAACCCCUAUCAUCAACAGGGGCGGCAGAAAAUAAGAAGAACAUUCUAGGUGGUGGCAAGUUAAAAUCUUGUAAUGUGAGGACUGGUAAAGAUGGCGUUGACACUGACGAUCUUGUCACAAAUUUUUAAUAUCAUUACCUCCCAUCUCUAAAAGCAUACAAUUUUUAUUUUUUUAAUUCGUAUAUUUUUAACACGUACAUUAUUUAAUUCUUGCGCAGAUUUUAAUUGUCGAAAGAUUACAGCAAUGAUAUUUGUAGACUCAGUGUGUGUAUGUAUGCAUGCAUUAUGUUGUGCGUGUAUUUGAACGUGAAUGCUUGCAUACCUGCCUGCGUGCCUGUGUUAUUGUUUACGUUCUUCUUCAAACGUCUCAAACUUUUCACAUAUCCUAGUCUAAAAAGUGCGAACAUUUACUAAUGCAUAUUGUAGAUUGCUUCUAAUUCAUAUAUAUAUAUGUAUAUAUAUGUACGGUAAAUUAUUGUAAAAAAACAGUGUGCGAAUUUAA